UGAUGCUGAAAUGAAAUUGAAAAUCGAAAUCGAAAUUGAAAGCAGCGGCCGUGCAGCAAUUGCAAUUGCGAUGCGUGCAAUUAAUAUUAAUCCUGUCAACAAAUCUGUGCUGAGCGCGCAGUGCAGCCAAUAGGAAUCAGAUCGGAAUUGGGAUUGCAAGUGGAGACAGGAUCGGAAUCGGGAAUCGGAUCGGAAAUCGUGAAUCGGAGGAAGGAGAAUCAACGAAAGAGGCAGCGAAAGCUGUUGCCUCUCACCUGAGUCUCUGGCCCGGAAAAUGGAAUCGUCCAUUAAGCUUAAGGACAGCAACUCCAACUGCAGCUCCAAUUCGAAUGGCAAUGUGGGCGGCAUCGUGUCAGGGGGCGGAGGCGGAGGUGGAGGUAGUGGAGGAGGAGGAGGAGGAGGUGGAGGAGGAGGCGUAUGCGUGUCCAGCAUCUGCAGCAGCGAUAGCUUCAGCAUCAUGCCACCGCCGCAUCACGAACUGGUCAGUGCCAACAGCAUCGAGCUGAAUGCGGCGGCCUCUUUGAGCGACGACAGCGGUGUGCCGCUGACCACCAACAGCUCCAUCUCCAGUGGCGAUUCCUACCGCCUGGGCAUGUGCAAAUUCGAGAUUGAGAUGGUGGAGAGCGAUGGCGAGGUGUCGCAAUUCGAUUCACUGGACAAUUGCUCGGAGGGCGGCAUGAGUGCCGAGAACUUCAAUACGCUGAAAAAGGGACCCCUGGCGCCCAUCGAUCCACCGCCCGAAUUCCAGGACUCGCCACAGACCACCCUGGUGCGCUCCAUCUCCAAGAAUAUCGUGAACAGUCUGCGUCGCUGGACCUCCUCGCAAUCGUCGUUCGAGCACCUCAAGGACGAUGCUGCCACAACCAUGAUGAGCGGCUUGGCCACGGCUGUCCUGCCCGAGGAACCUCAUUCCCAUUCCCAUCCACAUCCUCAUCCACAUCCCCAUUCCCAUUCCCAUUCCCAUCCACAUCCGUAUCCCCAUCCACAUCCACAUCCGGCUGGAGCACAGGAAUUGGUGCUGCUGCUGGCCAAGGCCGAGUGCAAACUGGACGCUUUGGACGGACAGGCCUUGGGCCAGAUGAGCCUGAAGGAGUCGUAUGCGAUCAACAAGCACUUGUACUCCAGUGACUCCAUACUGAACAGCCAUACGGACAACAUCUACGACGAACCGAACAACAUUGUGAGCAGCUCGCUGGGCAACAGUGUGGAUCUGCUGGAGGAGGAGCAGUCGGAGGCGAGUAGCUGCUCGCCAUUGCCAUCGCCACCGCCGCCCGUGUCCAUUGUGAAGAUCAAGCAGACCCUGUGUCCGUAUUACCAGGACCACACGCGCUAUUUCAAGGCCAUACCCACGGAACAGGACAAUAUAGCCAGUGCCAAGGCGGCGGCUGCCCAGCAGCGAUUCAACAGUGCCGGCCUCUCGGAGAUCCACGACUAUGACCUCUACUACGGCGCCAGGAGGCAGCCGGCGGAGCAGAGCAGUCUGCAGCGACGCCAGGCCUCGCUCUACAGUCCGCUGGGUCACACCAGCCACUGUCACUACCAUCACAGCCAUGGCCAUGGCCAUGGGCAUGGGCAUGGGAAUGGGCAUGGGUACGGUGGCCAUGGGCACCAUCAUCAUCACCACCAUCACCACCACCAGCCGGGAUACGGCUACAGCCAUGGCCAGCGGCCCAAUUCGAGGAACUCGCUGAACAGCCGCCUGAGCAGCUCGCACAACUCGCUGAACGUGUCGUCCGCCAACAAGCCCGAUGACUCCAUCUUCAUCACCCAGGCCAUGUCCCACGAUGCCCUGUUCACGCGCGAGAUCUCCGACUUUUAUAACGUGCCCAUCGAUUCGGACAUCUAUGCCUUCCCCGUCGACAUGAUCGAGCAGCAGCAGCAGCAGCAGUUGCAGUUGGUGGAGGAGCAACAGCAGCAGCAGCAGCAGCAGCAGAAACCCACUGCACCCACUUACCACAAGGCGAGCAGACGGAAUAAGCGGAACAAGCGCAAGCAGCGCUACGGAGGAUCGGGCACGGGCGCCGGCACGGAGACCAGCGAUGGCGAUGGCGAGAAGAGCAAGCAUGGCAAGUAUCGCACACCCGUGGGAGUAAUGGGCGUGGGCGUGGGCGUGGGCGUGGGCAUGGGCCAAGUCAGCGAAUCGGAGCCAUUGCACAUGACCCUGGACGAGGUGAAGCAGUUCUAUCACACACUCUACUCGGAUGCGGGCAGCAAGCCCAAUGCCACCGCCAAGCCGAUGGUCAAGUCGAGCAACGAGACCAUUUGGAGUGUGUCCACCAAUACCACCACCACGACGGCGAGAACGCGUAGCAGUGUGGGCACCACCAGGACUGCAGGAGGUGGUGGUCCGUCGGGUGGGUCCAACAAUGCAGCCAAUGGAGGCGGAGGAACUAGCAGUGAUGGUGGUGGCGCCAGUUCCGGUGGCAAGUAUCUGAGCAAGCAGAAUAAGCACAAUCUGGACAACGAUAAGCUGAACAACAACAAUAACAACAACAACAACCACCAUCAUCAGCCAUCGCAACAGCAGCUGGAGAAGCCACCAACGGAGCACCACAAUCACACCCACAGCCAGCAAUUGCCGAACAACAAGCACGUCCUGCACUCCGAGAAGAAGUCCCAGUUCACGCUGAAUCUGAAGCAGCGCUUCUGCAGCAUCUUUCGCUUCCGGCGCAGCAAUCACAGCCGCUGCCGGGGAUCGGCUGGCACUCAAACGGGCACUCUGGCCAAUGCAAAUGCAAACGCUGCCGCCGCCUCCGCCGUCGCCGCCGCCGCCGCAAUGCCACUGAUCCCCAAUCCAGCUGCCGUGAUAACCAGCGCACCGGGAGUGGCGGGCCAGGCCCAGCUGGCCACCGAACUGAAUGGCGGGAAUGGCCUGGGAGGAGGAGCAUUGAUCGCGGCAGAGGCGUCGGACGAACCGAAUGCCGAUCUGCGCAAGAAGUUCCAGUCCCGUGCCCUGCCACCACUACCAAAGAAGGCUGCUGCCUAUGCCAUUGAAGCCGUUAAGACGGAACCGGAGGAGCUCAAGACGAACGUGGUGCAGGAGCCGCGGGCGCUGCAGUUCACCUCCAGCAUUGAGAAAGUCAAAGACUAUGGCUGGUACUGGGGUCCCCUGUCCAGCGAGGCGGCCGAGAAGGUCCUCUCCAGCGAACCGGAUGGCUCCUUCAUCGUGCGCGACAGCUCCGACGACCACUACAUCUUCUCGCUGAGCUUCAAACUGAACAACUGCGUGCGCCAUGUGCGCAUCGAGCAGGAUCAGGGAACCUUUUCCUUCGGCUCGUACGCCAAGUUCAAGUCGCAAACUAUCACCGAGUUCAUUGAGAAGGCGGUCGAGCAUUCGCGAAGCGGCAGAUAUCUUUUCUUUCUGCAUCGUCGGCCGGAGCACGGACCAAUGCGUGUGCAAUUAACCAAUCCAGUAUCUAGGUUUAAGCAUGUACAAAGCUUGCAGCACAUGUGCAGAUUUGUUAUACUAAAGGCGGUUAUACGAAAGGAUCUUAUACAGACAUUGCCAUUACCGAGAAGACUUCUAGACUAUCUUAACUAUAAGCACUGCUACUCCGAGCAGGUGGAGAGCGACAGUUCGCAUUCGCAGAUAUCUGGCGAUGGAACAAUGUAAGAGAACGGAUAUAGAACAGUGACGAUUCGCUUGUGACAACAAAACGUAAACGAAAGCAACAGAAAUUAUUACCUUAAAUAAGUAGUAGAAUUUAACGAAACAUUAAACAACGGCGACAAAGCAAACAAACAAACAACCGUUAAGCGUUCUGUAUAACAAGAACCGCAAACAAAAAAAAAACAAACAAACACCAAACAAAAACAAAAGUUACAUGAGUAAGCAAAGCGAGGAAAUUGUUAGUUUUGCUAAACAAAAAAAAAAAAAGAGAAAAACGAAAAUCGAAAAACGACAAACCAGAAAAACCAAGAAAACAAAAUUCAAAACUCUGUUUAUUGAUCAUUUUUUUGUACUCGGUGCUAUACUAUAAAUAUUAACUAUUUAAUGAAAGGAAUGCAGAAAAAAAACAAGAAUAUGACGAUUAUAUAAAUUAAUUAUGCGUAGUCAAGUAAACGAAUAACACAAUUGUACAUAAAUAUGUUUGAGAGCCAGUAAUCCAAGUCCCACCCACAAGCAUAGCCAACCACAACCCCCUCGAACCCUUACCCCCACCCCCACCCACAGCCCCACCCUCCCCUUUGGGCACGAAUCAGACAGAGAAGGCGACAAGGUCGUUGAUGUUUUGUGUAAUCAAUUAAUUACUUUUAUGCUUGCCUUUUAGCUGUGAUUUAACCAAGUCGUCGAAUGUUGAAUGGAAGGCGACUUGCAGUUUUGUAUUUAAUAGAUUUGAUAUAGCCUAGCCCCCAUGUAGUUGAGGUUCUGUUACGCACACUCGAUCUGAAACCAUUUCGAGGCUGCUCAAUCAUCCACCAAUGCCAGUGCCCAGAGGUCCUUGAACCUUAAACAAAAAGCGAUCCCCCGCAGUUGGAGAUCGAACAUGUAGUAACCAUUAUUGCACUUAGUUUAAUCCAUGUCAUAAACUCAAACGAAGUUGUUGAGCAGAGCAAUUGAUGGAAAUCACACACAGAAGAAUGAUGGGAAACCAACAACCAAUACUUGUAUUUAGACUUAUUUGAAUUGUUAACUAAUUUUUGUUUUCGGCUUUGUUAUUUAUGUUUUAAGCUCAACUCUUUUGUACUCUAUAUUUUAUGGUUUGUUUUU